ACACUUAUUUGUAUACGCAAGAGCUCGAAUAUGCCAUGCAAAAGGCUCCUUAAAGUCUUGAAAAAUCAAAGUCAUAAAGGCAGAAAAUAUUUUUUCACGAAAAGAUCCAGCAAAAAUAUUCAAAACCUAUACCGAUGUGUUCCGCGUGAUAUGUUCCUUGUUCGAUAAUCUUUGCUUUGUGUCUACUCUGAUAAUCGCCUUGUCAACAAAACUCUAGUCUAAUUAACAUAAGGAUGUAAACGCCUACACAUACACGAAUCAAAAUUCUGUGCAGCUGAAAAUCAUUUGUAGGCGAUCUGUUAGAAUUUAAAGUGACCAGGCUGCACUGUUGUUUCUUAUUCAUUUUCACACAAAUGCGAAGAUCGCAAACGACUGGUGAAGCUGAGAUACCAUCCUUCGAAGAAGUAGAAUAGAUCACUAACUCCGCGAGAUGCGGACGCCUACCGUGGUGGACGCGGAGACUCCUGUGGGACUGCCGCUGUCCGCGCGCUUCCGGCAGAGCUUCGCCUACUUCUCGAUGACCAGCCGCAACCCGGACAUCCUGGAGCACACCAUGGACUCUCUCCGCGAGAGCCCACCGGGCGGCGCGGACGUCGAGACACUCUGCAAGGAGUUGUCGCAGCUGCUGGAGGAGAUGCGCGGCGACGCGUCGUGGCCGCAGCUGACGUCGACGGCGGGCGACGCGGCGCUGUGGAACAAGCUGCUGCGCGCGGCGGGCUGCGCCUGCUCGCGCCACUGGCUGACGGCGCCCUGGAUCGUGGCCGAGUCAUACAUGUACCGCCGCGUGCGCCAGGCCGCCGAGGCUUCCGCGCUCGCGGACCCCGCGCAGCCGCCCGACCCCUUCCUGCCCGUCAAGCAGAAGACGUUCGCCGCCGGCAUGCCCGCCAUACAGGCGCUGGCGGAGUGGAUGGCUGAAGCUGGGACGACUCGGGAGGAUUUGUCGCGGUUGCUGAAGACUGCGACGCGCGCCAACGCGGCAGACCUCUCGCUGUCCGCGGGCGUCGUGCCAGAUCAAGACGAGCUGACCGCCAUCACCGCGCCCUCCGACGAGGCCUUCAUCGCCGACCAGUCCGAGACGGUGUGGACAGUGCUGCAGUCUGGAGCGGGUUGCGUGACGGUGGACCUGGUGUGUGACAACAUGGGCUACGAGCUGUUCGCCGACCUGUGCCUGGCGCAGCUGCUCACCACGCUGGGGGCCACCAGGGUGCGCAUCCAUCUCAAGGCCCAUCCAUACUAUGUGUCUGACGCAACGAUGGACGACCUGCAAUACCUGCUGGAGCAGCUGACCACUGGGGAUGCUCCAGAGGCUGCUCGCAUGCUGGCUGUGGAUUGGAAGGGCCGCUUGCAGGAUGGUGGGCCCUGGAUUGCCUCUGCUGAAUACUUCUGGACACUGCCACUCACCUAUGACCGCAUGCCCAAGGAGGACCCCAAGCUGUACGCCGAGCUGCAAGAGAGCGCGCUGGCCAUCUUCAAAGGCGACGUGAACUUCCGGAAGCUGGUGGGCGACUUGCGUUGGCCGGUGGAGACGCGGCUGGAGCAGGCCGUGCGCGGCUUCCGGCCGUGUCCGAUGGCGGCGCUGCGAACGAUCAAGUCGGAAACCGCGGUCGGGCUGACGCCGGGCCAGGAGAAACAGCUGGACGCGUCGCAGCCGGGCUGGAUGACCAGCGGACAGCUCGCCCUCAUCGUCUGCGUGCCCGAGUUCAUCUAGCAGCCGUCUCUCCACCAGAGAUCGCCUCACAAUUAAAUACAAUCAGAAAACUUGUUUUAUUUUAUCCGUGAUGCACCGAAUGAUAAACGAAAACCUGGACCUACGUGGAUAUAACGUUAUUUCUCUUUGAGGAUAAAAUUUAUUGUAAUCA